AUGAAUCGCUACAUCAGUCUUACAAUAAUUUUUCUUACAUUGAUCAAUCUGGAAACUCUAAUAGCAACUGAUUGUUCCCGAUUCUCUAAUGGCUGUAGUACUCCAUUUAACGGACCAUUGUUCUAUAAAACAUCUUUUACCCCAGCAUGUGAUCGACAUGAUGUUUGUUAUAAAUGUGGAGUAACGUAUGGUAAAACUCGUUCUCAAUGUGACAAGCAUUUCCACCAAAACAUGAAAACCAUAUGUCGCAGACGAUAUUCAGGCUUCAAAACAAUCCGAUGUAAAAUUGCUGCUAAAAUAUACUACCUGGCCACAAGAGUUGGAGGCAUUACCAGAUUUAAACAGGAACCAAAACCAUGGUGUACACCAGCUGUGGAGCCGUGUCUGCAACCGAUUUGA